UCCGAACACGGUGCUCAGCCUCCACGAUGAUCGUGGCGGCGGCUGUCAGAGCGACGACGGCAACGUCAAGUGAAAAGUCGCCUCACGACAGACGCCUUCAGAUUCAGAGCCACGCGCGCCUGUCUGCGGCUGACGUUGCUGGUUGACGAAUCGAGCUGAAAAGCCAGAGAUUCACCGCGAGCUUCCUUUUGUCACCAUGAGCCGCCAACCCUCUGCGGGCCAGCAGUCUGACCGCCUUUGCAGUUCCACUGAAAUUCCUCACAUUCAUACACCCGACAUGGCGACAGAUCAGCUCAACGGCGACGCGCCUGCCACCAAUGGCACUGCUCCAGCACCACAGAACAAGCUGCUCGACAAUGUCGUGCGGACGCCUGGCCGCCAGCCGUCACCACAGCCCACACAUCUAGGCCUUCCAGGAGCUCUACCGCACCGAAUCGUGCACGACAAGGGCUCUGGAUAUGUCGCUCCCAAAUUCGAGGGCAAAGAGCACCAGAUGGAGCAAGUCAUGGACGUGAUGGAAGAGAAGGGCUUCAUUCCUGCUGAUGUCGUGGAAAUCGAGACCAAGUGGUUCUACAAUGAGCUUGGUAUCGAUGACAUGUACUUCAGCACCGAGACUGUCGAAGCGAUCGUCAGCCACGUUCACUCGCUAUACGCAGCGAAGAUCGCAGCUUUCGCAAGAGACGACAGGAAGCUCGAGAUUCGUCUUGAGAAGGAAGCAGCAGAUCACGCUGUGUACAUUGACACCAGUGUUCCUGGUCUGUCUUCGAUCGAUGGCUCAGGCUUCGAGACCAGGCUAGAGAGCAAGUACCUGGAUGGCAGCAGAGGCUUGAACAGCUACAGAGUUGAGUCAUUCAGAUCACCCAGCAAAAUGCCUGGCGGAAACAACGACCAAUCGCUGCGCUGCUACUUCGUCUACCAAGCGACGUUCAAGAACAAGACACCAAAUCCCGAUGAGACGAGAGUGGAAGAGCUUGGAGAUGAGAGGUUCCUGCAAAAGACCACGGCCAACACACGAGAGAUCUACCAGAGCGUCAUGGAUGCCGUGGUCCGACGAACAGGUCCUGUGAUAGACAUGUACGAUGUGGAGGGCACACGAGAGAAGCGUCUCGUUAUUGGCUUCAAGCAGGGAUCUGCUUUGGGCUUGUUCGCUGCUCUGAGUGAUCUGUACCACUACUACGGCUUGACAUCUUCAAGAAAGUACGUGGAGCAAUUCAGCAACGGCAUCACAAUCAUGUCAGUCUACCUGCGACCUGGACCUCCAUCGAUCGCCGCCAAGCACCCACCCAUCGAGGCCAGUAUCCACCAAGUCAUGAAGGAGGUCUCACUUCUGUACUGCAUCCCGCAGAACAAAUUCCAGACACAUUUCAGCAGUGGACGUCUCUCUCUGCAGGAGUCCGUAUACGCUCACUGCGUCUGGGUCUUCGUGCAGCAUUUCUUGAACAGAUUGGGCAGCGAGUACAACACGCUUCGAUCAUUACUUGACGUCAGCAACAGCGUCCACGCAGAACUUCUCGGCAAGCUGAAGAAGAGGCUGCGUACUGAGACUUUCACUGCAGACUACAUCUUGGAGAUCAUCAACCAAUAUCCGGACCUCAUCAGAUCUCUGUAUCUGUCCUUCGCCAACACCCAUUAUGUGCAGACUCGUGGUGAGCAAGACGACUUCUUGCCAACACUCUCAUACCUCCGCAUGAAGAUCGACAAGGUCUACACAGACGAGGAGCUCAAGACUUUGAUCGAGAAGACGGUGCAGAAUGAUCAUCAUAGCAUGGUCAUGACUGCUUUCCGCAUCUUCAAUCAGUCGGUGCUGAAGACCAACUUCUACACACCCACCAAGGUGGCACUGAGCUUCCGCUUGAACCCAUCAUUCCUUCCACCUGAGGAGUACGCGCAGCCAUUGUACGGCAUGUUCCUGGUCGUCAGCUCAGAGUUCCGAGGUUUCCAUCUCCGCUUCCGAGACAUCGCUCGUGGUGGAAUCCGCAUCGUCAAGUCUCGCAGCAAGGAGGCGUACGCUAUCAACGCGCGAUCUCUCUUCGAUGAGAACUACAACUUGGCCAACACUCAACAACGAAAGAACAAGGACAUUCCUGAAGGUGGCAGCAAGGGCGUGGUUCUGCUCGACAUGGCACACCAGGACAAGACGACAGUUGCAUUCGAGAAGUACAUCGACAGUAUCAUGGAUCUGCUGCUACCACCCACAAGUCCUGGUAUCAAGGACCCUAUCGUGGAUUUGCACGGCAAGGAGGAAAUCCUCUUCAUGGGUCCUGAUGAGAACACUGCUGAUCUUGUCAAUUGGGCUACGGAGCAUGCACGUGCUCGUGGUGCGCCUUGGUGGAAGUCGUUCUUCACUGGCAAGUCACCCAAGUUGGGCGGCAUUCCUCACGACACCUACGGCAUGACGACGCUUAGUGUUCGCGAAUACGUCAAGGGUAUCUACAGGAAGCUCGAGCUCGAUGAGACUCAAGUCCGCAAGCUCCAGACUGGUGGUCCAGAUGGUGAUCUCGGCUCGAACGAAAUCUUGCUUGGUCGCGAGAAGUACAACGCUAUUGUUGAUGGCGCUGGUGUGCUGUACGAUCCCCAAGGCAUUGAUCGCGAUGAGCUGCACCGUCUCGCCAAGGAGCGCAAGAUGAUCAGCCACUUUGACAUCUCGAAGCUGUCCAAGGAUGGCUACCGUGUGUUGGUCGACGAUAACAGCGUCACGCUGCCUUCAGGCGAGGUUGUCAACAACGGCACCUCUUUCCGAAACACUUUCCACUUGCGAAGUGCAGAGAAGUUUGACGUGUUCGUGCCCUGCGGUGGACGACCAGAGUCCAUUGACUUCACGAGCGCGAGCAAGCUGAUCGCCAACGGCAAGGCCAUCAUCCCAUACAUUGUCGAGGGUGCCAACCUCUUCAUCACACAAGAAGCCAAGCUGCGUCUCGAAAAGGCUGGAGCAGUCGUCUUCAAGGACGCUUCCGCCAACAAGGGAGGUGUCACCAGCUCAUCUCUCGAAGUCCUUGCAUCUCUGUCUUUCGAUGAUGAAAGCUUCUUACAGAACAUGUGCGUCCAGCCCGAUGGCUCAACACCACAGUUCUAUCAAGACUACGUCCGCCAGGUACAAGCGAAGAUCCAAGAGAACGCUCGUCUCGAAUUCGAGGCUAUCUGGCGUGAGUCUGAGCAGACCGGUGUUGCGAAGAGCUUGCUUUCCGAUCAACUCAGUCUUGCCAUCACCAAAAUGGACGAGGAAUUGCAAGGCACUGAGCUUUGGAACAAUCUGGCUUUGAGGAGGAGUGUGCUGUCUGAUGCUCUGCCAAAUCUGCUUUUGCAGAAGGUCGGACUUGAUAAGAUUAUUGAGAGGGUACCUGACAGCUACCUCCGCGCCAUCUUCGGCAGCUACCUCGCCAGUCGCUUUAUCUACACCAUGGGCAUCUCCGCUUCACCGGUUAGCUUCUUCGCUUUCAUGAACGACCGCAUGGCCAAGGUCAAUGGUGUCACGGCAUAGACGGUCACACUGGCUGAAAUAGUAUGUUGCAUGUGUUGGUGUUGCUCUUUGAGAGGCGUUUCAUGAGAAGUGGAAAAAGGGUUGAAAUUGCGAAAUUGUAUCAUGAGGAAUGUGGAAUGGAUCGAUAAACGAACCAAUAAAAGCUUGGGAACGGAGUGUGAAAAGGGCGCUGGCGUUCUUGCUGUUUGCGGCUAAUGAGAGAGGAACGCAUUCCGAUAAACAAUGAGAAGCUGUCCGUGUUGAUUGAUAGAAGAAAGAGAUGAAACUUGUGGUAUCU